CCACUGGCCAGAAACUCAAGUUUCCUUCCAACUAACCAAAACUAACAUCAGCCGUCAAAUCCGAAUCGAAUCCUGAAGAUGUCUUACAACAAUAUCGGCCUAACGACUCCUAGAGGAUCAGGGACGUCUGGAUAUGUGCAAAGGAAUCUGUCCCAAGCCCGACCGACGGAGGAUUACCGGUCGAAGCCGAACGGACGAUACGAUGACCAUCUGGGAGGACAACGCAAGCCAGACCAGGGGAUCCUCGAGCACGAGCGGAAAAGAAGGGUGGAAAAUAAAUGCGUCGAGUUGCAGCUCGAGCUUGAGGAACAGGGCCUCGAUGAGGAGAUCGUCGAGGCGCGAGUGGACGAGCUCCGACAGAAGUUGCUCAAGGAAGACGUUGCUCGAGGGCCUGGUCAAUUCAAACCACAUGAAUCUCACGAGAUUGCAGCGAUGAAACUAAAAGAAAACGAGAAGUUCAGGAAUGCACUGGGGGUCAAGGGUUCUUACGUUGAGGGACAAGCCUUCGACCGGGAACUGCAGGCGCAACGGAAAGCUCAAGCAAUGCAGGAACGACAGUUACGUGAAGACGAACAUGCCGCACGUGGGGUCCAAUCAAGAGGCCCUCGGGGGCGGGAAAAACCUUACGAUAAACCGCUUUGAUAGUUCUUCAUCCCCCCAGACCUAUCCGUUCAAACAACGCCGCCAAUCGACUCAGUUAUGUUCAGUCAUCUCAAUCCCACCCUUGUAUCAACACUUGUCCCUGUGUAAUUUUUUACCAAAACAAAGACGGAGUGUCUUGAACUCUUGAGAUCCACCAGCACAUCAGUAUAAUCAUACAUAUAUAUAUAUCAUCUCCACUUUUUUUUUUUUUGGAAAGUCCUCAGUUUAUGAUGUCCAUUAACAAACCUACCAACCUAGGAUAUGUAUAAACAUUGGCUUGUGAGGGUUCCUUGGAUGAGAAAGAAG